AUGGCAAGGUCGGCAGUAUCGCAGGAGAGCCUGCGUUUGGCAGAUUCCUCUCGGUCAUCUGAGGAGGCAGGCCCUGAAGAGUUUAUGGCCAUUCGAACAAACGGCCCCGAAGCAUCUGAUGCGGGAACGUAUCGCCCCCAGCGACGGGAUUCGACGGCCAUGAUAGAAGAGAGUGAUGUGCAGGAGCUGCGGAUGCUUGCCACGGCCAUAUCGCAAAGACGUCGCCAGAGCCACGCCACCGGCUCCGAGGCUGGCAACGAGGACUUUGAUGCUGCCGAUUCUGCCAUGGAUCCCUCUAGCAAGUCAUUCGAUCUCGGGGUUUUCCUGCGUCGCAUCAUCAAAGAUUUUCGCAAGGAAGGUUUCAAAGAGCGGCGUCUGGGGAUUUCCUACAAAGACCUUACCGUGUCCGGCACGGGAGAGGCCUUGCAACUGCAGAGCACGGUGGGAACCGUUCUCCAAAUGCCAUUAAGGCUUGGCGAGUCCUUCAGUUUCGGCAAGAAGAGUCACAAGACCAUUCUCCACAACUUUGACGGUCAUGUCGAGAGCGGCGAGCUGUUGAUUGUGCUCGGACGACCAGGAUCGGGGUGUAGCACCCUGCUCAAAACCAUCACCGGACAAUUGCAUGGGCUGAAAAUCGGCGAGCAGUCGACAAUUGAUUACAACGGCAUCCCCAUGAAACACAUGAUCAAGGUAUUCAAAGGAGAAGUAUUAAAGAACCAAGAGGUCGACAAGCAUUUCCCCCACCUCACCGUCGGUCAAACGCUGGAAUUUGCAGCUGCAACACGUACGCCAUCGAAGCGAAUCCAUGCCAUAACGCGCGAAGAGCACAUCAAGCAUGCCGCCAGGAUCGUCAUGGCCAUCUGUGGCUUGAGCCAUACGUACAACACCAAAGUGGGCAAUGACUUCAUCCGGGGUGUCUCUGGUGGUGAGAGAAAGCGUGUGAGCAUUGCCGAAAUGAUGCUGGCAGGAUCGCCCAUUGCGGCUUGGGAUAACAGCACCCGCGGCCUAGAUUCCGCCACUGCGCUGAAGUUUGUCCAGUCUUUGCGGCUGGCUGCCGAUUUCACCCACAGUGUUCAUUGCGUCGCUAUUUACCAGGCCAGCCAGGCCAUCUAUGACCUCUUUGACAAAGCUGUCGUGCUUUAUGAAGGCCGCCAGAUCUACUUUGGUCCAGCACCCGCUGCCAAGGCCUACUUUGAAACCAUGGGAUGGUUUUGCCCUCAGCGGCAGACCACGGGUGAUUUUCUUACAUCUGUCACCAACCCGCAGGAAAGGGUCGCGCGUGAGGGGAUGGAAAACAAGGUUCCACGGACACCAGAGGAAUUCGAAGCAUACUGGUACCAGUCGCCCGACUGCAAGGCUCUUCGAAAUGCCAUGGAGAAGCACGAGGCCAUACAUCCCAUCGAUCCUCACGGCCAGACGGCCGUAAAUAUGCGCGAAAACAAGCAGCAACGCCAGGCAAAGCACGUGCGGCCAAAAUCGCCAUAUAUCAUCAGUGUAGCCAUGCAGGUGCGCCUCACCACCAAGCGGGCAUACCAACGCAUCCUAAACGACAUUUCGGCUACUGCGACACAAGCUGUGAUGCAGGUCGUUUUGGCGCUCAUCAUCGGCUCCGUCUUCUACGGCACUCCCAACGCGACAGCCGGCUUUUACGCCAAAGGCUCCGUGAUCUUCCAGGCCAUUCUUAUGAACGCCUUGACGGCAAUCUCCGAAAUUAACAAACUGUAUGCACAACGUCCCAUCGUCGAGAAACAUGCCGCCUACGCCUUUUAUCAUCCCUAUACAGAAGCGCUGGCUGGAAUCAUGACUGAUAUCCCCAUCAAGUUUAUCACGGGAACCAUUUUCAACCUCAUCGUCUACUUUAUGUCGGGGCUUCGACGCGAACCGGCUCAGUUCUUCUUGUUUUUCCUCAUUACGUAUACCACAACGUUUGUCAUGAGUGCCAUCUUCCGUACCCUGGCUGCCAUCACAAAAACCGUGUCUCAGGCGAUGAUGUUGGCCGGUGUUAUGGUUCUGGCUCUUGUCAUCUAUACUGGAUUCGUGGUUACUGUGCCCAAGAUGCAUCCGUGGUUUAGCUGGAUCAGAUGGAUCAAUCCUGUCUACUACGCUUUCGAAGUCCUCAUUGCGAAUGAGUUUCAUGGCCGUUCGUUCACCUGCUCGAGUAUUAUCCCCGCCUACACACCCUUGGUAGGCGAUUCUUGGAUAUGCUCGGUUGCCAGCUCGGUUGCUGGACAGCAUACAGUUAGCGGAGAUGCCUUUAUCGGUGUUCACUACAAGUACUACUACGCGCACGCCUGGAGAAAUUUCGGUAUUCUACUCGCGUUUCUGUUCGCCUUCAUGUUUGUUUACUUCGUCUCGACCGAACUAAACUCGCAGACCACCAGCGCAGCCGAAGUCCUGGUUUUCCAACGCGGCCAUGUUCCUGCAUAUCUCCUAAACGGGGGCAACAAAGGUGCAAUUACAGAAGACAUGACGAAGGCCUCGCCGCAACAAGACGGAAACGAAAAGACCGAUGCUAUCGAGCCACAAACCGAUGUGUUUACCUGGCGCGAUGUAGUCUAUGAUGUUACAAUCAAAGGACAGGAUCGUCGGUUGCUUAAUCAUGUCUCUGGCUGGGUAAAGCCUGGAACUUUGACGGCACUAAUGGGAGUCAGCGGUGCUGGCAAGACAACACUACUCGAUGCCUUAGCCCAAAGGACCACGAUGGGUGUUAUUACGGAUUUGCAUCUAUCGACAGCAACGGUUCGCGAAAGUCUCCGUUUCAGUGCUAUGCUUCGUCAGCCUCAAAGCGUCAGCAAAGAAGAGAAGUUCACCUUUGUUGAGGAAGUGAUCGACAUGCUGGACAUGCGGGACUUCGCAAAUGCCGUCGUCGGCGUUCCUGGCCAAGGGCUCAAUGUGGAACAACGCAAGCUACUUACUAUUGGUGUCGAAUUGGCCGCCAAACCAAAACUGCUACUCUUCCUCGAUGAGCCUACCAGCGGUCUCGAUUCCCAGAGUUCAUGGGCUAUCUGUGCCUUCCUCCGAAAGCUAGCUGACCACGGCCAGGCUGUGCUCUGUACCAUACACCAGCCCAGUGCAGUUCUGUUCCAGCAGUUCGACCGGCUACUGUUCCUCGCUGCCGGAGGCAAGACCGUCUACUUCGGCGACAUUGGGGAGAACUCGCGGACGUUGCUCGAAUACUUUGAAACCCACGGCGCUGAAAAGUGCGGCGACGAGGAAAAUCCAGCCGAGUACAUGCUCAACAUUGUCAACCGCGGCAGCAAUUCACAGGGUGAGGAUUGGCACGACGUCUGGAACAACAGCCGGGAACGCCAGGACGUAAUGGCCGAAAUCAAUCGCAUUCAUGUGGAUCGCGCUGCGCAGCCGCUUGCCACUCACGAGGAUCCGCACUCUCGCGAUGAAUUUGCCAUGCCGUUUGGCGCCCAACUAGCAAGGGUUGCAACGCGCGUGUGCCAGCAAUACUGGCGCAGCCCAACCUAUGUUUUCUCAAAGUUCAUCCUUGGCACUGUGGCUGGCCUGUUCAUUGGCUUCUCGUUUUUCGGAGCCGACGGUACGCUGGCGGGCAUGCAAAAUCGUGACCUGUAUGAAGUGCGAGAGCGUCCCAGCAAGGCCUAUUCCUGGAAGGCUUUCAUGAUCGCCAACGUUAUCGUCGAAAUACCAUAUCAGAUCUUAACUGGAAUUCUUAUUUAUGCCAGCUUCUAUUACGCAGUCAUUGGCAUCCAGUCGUCUGCCCGCCAGGGUCUCAUCCUUCUUUUCUGCAUUCAGUUCAUGCUUUAUGCUAGUUCCUUCGCCCAGAUGACUAUCGCUUCCAUGCCCGUUGCCGAAACUGCAGCCAGUAUUGUCACUCUCCUGCUCUUGUUCAGCCUUACCUUCUGUGGUGUCCUCCAGACACCCUCGGCUCUUCCGGGAUUCUGGAUUUUCAUGCACCGUGUCAGCCCAUUCACUUAUUGGGUCGCGGGCAUUGUUUCUACGCAACUCCAUGGCCGCGCUGUGGAUUGCUCCAAAUCUGAGACGAGCAUUUUCAGUCCGCCCGCAGGAAUGACAUGUGGUGAAUAUAUGGCGCCAUACCUGACCCAAGCUCCUGGGAAUCUGCAGAACCCAAACGACACCGAGAAUUGCAGAUACUGUUCGCUGAAGGUGGCAGUCCAGUAUCUCGCUCAAAGCAGCAUCUUCUAUUCUCAGCGCUGGAGAAAUUUCGGGAUCAUGUGGGCGUAUAUCGCUUUCAACAUCUUUAUUGCUGUAAUCUCGUAUUGGGCUUUCCGGGUGAAGAAAUGGAAUCGGGGGGGUAAGAGCGCGAAGAAGACUUCGGAAAAAAACAAGACGGAGAAAGCAUAG